AUGUACCAAAAUGGCCAGCGAGACGCGACCCGGCCUUUUCAGGUGCCUCCCCCUCCCCCACCCAUGUCCCCGCCGCCCUCUGUCGGGAUCGGCAACAUGAUGGCCAUCCCCCCUCCACCGCCCCGGUACCCGAGAGCCCCCGCAGCCGGCGGCAAUGUUAUGCUUCCUCCGCCUCCGGGGCCACCGCCAAAUCCUGGAUUCCCUCCGAGUGCUAUGCCGCCCCCUAGCGCCUUGGGAAACGCACCAUGGCACGGGGCCUGGGGCCGCGCCUACGACGGGCGGGCAACAUUCAAUAAUAUCCCACCGCCCCCGCCGGGCGGCCCUGGCGGCAACCUCCUGCGAGCCUACGAUCCACAACUACAUGAACAGGCUGCCGCUGCCGCCAAUGCCGCCGCAGCGUUCAACCAGACGACCCUCAUGGUGCCGCCACCGCCGCCGCCAAGCGAGCAGAUGAGCGCGACAUACAUCCCGCAAGGAGACACUUACGGAGAGGGCGUUGGAAUUCCGGGUUUGGGCUUCGCAGAGGAUGGCAUCCACUGGGCACCGGCUGGCUUGAACUCAGCCGCUGCCACGCCCUUGGACGAGUCUUCGGGCCGGGAGCGACUCUACGCUGCUGCUAUAGGCACCAGGGUGCUAUCUAACGUUUCCAACGCCAGCACCGUAAUAUCGUCAGUCCCUCUCGAGCUUGCAGCCCAGUGGCCCCUGGAUAGGGUUCUGGCAUGGCUGAGGGCCAACAACUUUUCCAAAGACUGGCAGGAAACCUUUCAGCUUCUCAACAUUCACGGCGUCCAGUUUCUCGAACUCGGAAGUAGCCAUGGCGGUCGUGGGAAUUUCGGCAUGAUGCACCAACAGGUGUACCCGCUGCUCGCGGGGGUGUGCCGAAAGAACGGGGGCGUAUGGGAACAACCGAGGGAAAGAGAGGAAGGAAAGAGAAUGCGACGGCUUAUCCGGAGCGUCGUUACCGGGCGGCCAGCCGACACCCCCAAAACAUCCACCGGCCAUUCCCGUAAAGAGUCUACAAGUACUAUCACCACGCCCAACGCCGCCGCCGAUUCUUCCGAGUCACCGAACACCCCGAUCAAAGCCCCCGGUCCUGGCUUCAGCAGUAGGAGCUCUGAAUCGAACCAUAGGAGCCUAAUGAAGAAUAUCGAUACCGACAUUGCCCGCCGAGACAGCCCGAACCUCAGCGAGUCCGGCGAGGCAGGCUCGGUCCGUGGGUCCACGCCACUGGGGAGGGACAGCCCGCAUGGCAGUCCAGUCCCGCAGUCAGGCCUCCUUCCCCCAUCUUCAACGGCAGGCAAUGUGUCGGCGUCGCCUCACACUACCGUGUUCGGCCAUCGUUCGCGCAACAGCACCGAUUCGGUAUCCUCCAACGCAGCGAUAUACGGCUCCGGAGUGCCUCCCGAUGCAGCAGCCAUGUUGAAGAGCGGCAUGAACAUUGGUGAGGUGGUGAAUGCGACCCGUGGUACCGAGGCGCAUGGUCGGCGGUUUGGUCAGGAAGGCAGCCGGUCCUCGCCGCAGGAAUCGGGGGAUAAAAGCGCUGGGUCAGAUCCCCCCGGGAGCGCAAAAGGGAGCACCUCCUUUCUCUCGUUAUUCAGGGGCAAGAAGAAACCCGACGACCAUGACUCGCCCACCAGCCCGGGGCUCCAUGUCAAAAUGCACCUGUCUGGAUUCCGGCAUGGAAACGGAAGUGAGACCUCACUUGAACGACCGGCCUCCAAACGUUUCGGGGGCGGCCGCAUUUUCAUUCUUGCAACCGCCGAUUGCUGGAACUAUCGCAUGCUGGACGUUACUGAUGUCCAGUCAGCUUCGGAUCUGCGGCAAUUGGUUUGCAUCAACCUAGGCCUGCCAGACAGCGAGGGCGCCCAGAUCUACCUGACAGAGUUGGGCAAGUUUGAGCACGAAGAGGAACCGCUCGAUGAUACGAAACUACUAACCACCAAAAACCACAUGGGAGACGCGGUUGGUUCGCUCAAGUUUUUUGUCCGGCCGGCCAUGCUGCGGAACGCUCAAUCCGGGCAUCUGGCUGUGCCCCUGGACGAAGAGGCAUAUGCCAAACUCAACGGGCGGCAGCGGUCAAGUUCCUCGCCGCCUACCUCGAGACAGAACACACUACCGGGCAGAGAACGGGAUGAGAAGAUGUUGACAGCAGAAGCCAUCCAAUACAGGACGGAGCAAAUGCGGAAGCAGGAAGAAUACCUCGCGAAGCGUAAGCAAUUGAUAGAUGCGAAGGAGGGCAGCCCGUCUACCGAUUCUCCGUUGGGCAUUGUGGGUAGGAACGUGGACUUUGACCAACCAAGGUUGUCGCCGUACGAGGACAGAAAACAGCAUCUUGACACCCUGCUCCCGCAACGAAAAGCCCCAGCCCCUCCUGAGGACCCAUCAGCUACGCUACUAAAAGCGAACUCGCUAAGCAAGAAGCAUAGCACCCGGUUGUCGCAAGGGAGUGUGGAUGGCAACCGCCCCAAGCGCACGUCGUCUGACUUACGCGAGGAAGCCUUUUCGGACAAACAAAAGAAGCGGCCAGGCAUGCCGACCCCCGACGGUGGCAUUCACGGCCUGCUAGUGGGCAUGGCCGGGCGGAUGGCUGGUAUCGGACAGCCUGUCGCGGGUGGUCACAGGGGAUUGUCGCCAAACCGGGUGUCGUCGAUGCCGGUGACGAACAGCGAAACCAAUGAACGAGGUAAGGGAGCCAUGUCAACUGUUGACUUUGGUCAGCGCACACGCUCCGGUUCUGGUGGGGGCAGUCCGAGGAUCGGACCCGUCCCAGGGUCACCGGGUUCUACCACCUGGAGCUCUAAGAGUGUGCCAUUCCUGGUCCCGGACUACUCGCCGACCCAUGACCCUAAACACCGGGGGCCCGCCGGAGCGGACCCGAACCUUGAUCAAUCCCAUCUUGGAAUAGACACUAAGAUUACUCGAGUAGCACGUGCUCCGUCGCCGGGAGAUGUCAGUCCCAGCUCCCGCCGGCCGAGCCAAACCUUCUCGACUGCCACCAGCAACAAGCGCAAGUCGCACGGCCCUGAUACCGACUUCCAGGGUAACGACGUCAGGUUCUCACAGGCCUCGACCAUCCACGAGAGAAACAACAGCAGCGGCAACAACGGCAACAAUGGCAAUAACAACGCCGACGAUGACGAUUCGGGCGAUGACUCGGACGACGGCCUAUUUGCUGUUCCUAUCUCGGCCCGCAAUAACCCGGCGCCUAAGAAGGCGUCAGCAUCCACAGAAGGCGGCGAGUCCGACAACAACAUGAAACGGCCGAGUCUGCGGGUCAACACCAAGCGCUCGAGGAAGACCCUGUCGGUUGCUUUCAAAUCACCACAGUCGGGCGGUGACGGCAAGAUGCCAGGCGAUGGCGACGACGACGGAACAAGCGGUCAGUCCUCGCAGCGGCGCACACCUGGCACGCCAGGUUCCGAGGGUUGGGACUCGGAAGACCGCGAGACCAAACUGGGCAGACGCAAGUCGUUCAUUGAGAAGGACGUUUGGGCCAACCGCCCGCCGACCGACGCCCUUAUCAACAACCUCGAGGACUUCUUCCCGAACGUGGAUGUUGACCAGCCGGUCCUCGAGGAAGGAGACGGGCCUUCGCCCAUUGACGAGGCCGACGAGGGUCAGUCAGAGCAGGGUUCAGUCAAGGCCUCUUCCAUACCCCCGCUGCCCCCGAUGCCCUCCGGCUUCUCGUCCGGGCACAACAGGGUUUCAUCCAUCUACAACGAGAGCGAUACCCUGGGCUCUGACGAGUCAACGCUCAAGGCGUUAGAUUCGCGCCCCGUGUCUAUGCAGACGCUGGCACGGCGUAGCGUGCGCCGUUCAGGGGGCCUAGGCCGUAUGAAGUCGAUUAGAGAAGUCGCUCGCGGCGCGCACGAAGCAAACAAGCGCUACACGCAGACGUCGGGGCCCCUACGCUCGCAGGCGGGUGCACUCGUCGACAAGAACACCAACCUGAUGCGGCGUAAGAGCACCAAGAUGUUCAACGCCAACAUCGUACAGAUCCGGCCGGAGCGCGGGUCGCUCAACCUAGCCGCGGGCCUUACCACGAUUCCGCAGGACAGCCUGCCGACGCAGGCACAAAACAACCACGACAACAUCCCUAAGCGGCAGACGACGUUCCGUUGGUUCAAGGGUCAGCUGAUCGGCAAGGGCACCUUUGGGCGGGUCUACCUCGGUAUGAACGCGACGACAGGCGAGUUUUUGGCGGUGAAGGAGGUCGAAGUCAACCCCAAAGCGGCUGGGCAGGGUGAUCAGAAAAAGAUGCAGGAGCUGCGGAGCAUCUCCAUCUUCCUUGAGUACAUUUCUGGUGGUUCCAUCGGGUCGUGCCUACGCAAACAUGGCAAGUUCGAGGAAGCCGUGGUUGCCUCGCUCACACGGCAGACGCUGUCUGGGUUAGCGUACCUACACAGGGAGGGGAUCCUGCACCGCGACUUGAAGGCGGACAAUAUCCUCCUAGAUCUGGAUGGCACGUGCAAGAUCAGCGAUUUUGGCAUCAGCAAGAAGACGGAUAACAUCUAUGGCAACGACAAGACCAACUCGAUGCAAGGGUCCGUGUUCUGGAUGGCCCCCGAGGUGGUGCGGGCGCAGGGCGAUAGGUACUGCGUCAAGGUGGUCAUCUGGUUGACUGGAUGCGUGUUGCUCGAGAUGUUUUUUAAUCUUGGUGUGCAUCACGUCGCUGCGCCGCUGUGGAUUCGGCCCAAGUGUCCGGAUCUCGGCACAUGCACAAGGCACAAGGGGGCGCCCGCCCGAUCCACAAGUCCCUGCUUUUGGGCGGCGGCUGGGCUUCAGAUCAUCGGUUCCACUUGGACCUCGAAUUGCUCCCUCAUGUUCGAGGCCUUGCAGCUAAUCUGUAGCUGCAGCAUGCGACACAGCUCUCUCGGACUUGGUGUACAAAAGGUUGUGCAAAACGGGUUGCUGUUGUCGGUUUCUUGA